CUUCGGGGCGGGGAGCAACUCCCGGAAGGUGCGCGGUGCGCUAUGGGCAGGAGGCGCCGGUCGCGCCUGCGCGUUGGCCUCCUGUCUGCGGGGGAAGAUGGUGCUCAUCAAGGAAUUCCGUGUGGUCCUGCCCUGCUCUGUCCAAGAGUAUCAAGUUGGACAACUUUAUUCUGUGGCUGAAGCCAGUAAAAAUGAAACUGGUGGUGGUGAAGGGAUCCAAGUCUUAACCAACGAGCCUUAUGAGAAGGAUGGCGAAAAAGGACAGUAUACGCACAAGAUUUACCACCUGAAGAGCAAAGUUCCUGGGUUUGUGCGGAUGUUUGCUCCAGAAGGUUCGUUGGUCUUCCAUGAAAAGGCCUGGAAUGCCUAUCCUUACUGCAGGACGAUUGUAACGAAUGAAUAUAUGAAAGAUGACUUCUUCAUCAAAAUUGAGACUUGGCAUAAAUCAGAUUUGGGAACAUCUAACAAUGUGCACGACUUAGAUCCAAAUACAUGGAAGAACGUGGAAGUUGUCCACAUUGACAUUGCUGACAGUAGCCAAGUCGAGCCUGGAGACUACAAAGCUGAUGAGGACCCAGCCUUGUUCCAGUCAGUCAAGACCAAGAGAGGCCCUUUGGGACCUAACUGGAAGAAGGAGUUGUCUGCUGAUGGAGACUGUCCGAAAAUGUGUGCUUACAAGCUGGUGACAAUCAAGUUUAAGUGGUGGGGACUGCAGAACAAAAUAGAGAAUUUUAUUCAGAAGCAAGAAAAAAGGAUAUUUACCAACUUCCAUCGCCAGCUCUUCUGCUGGAUUGACAGGUGGAUUGACCUCACGAUGGAGGACAUCCGGCGGAUGGAGGAUGAAACGCAGAGAGAGCUGGAAGCGUUGCGUAACCAAGGUGAAGUGAGAGGGACAAGUGCUGCCAAUGACGAAUGAAGACCGAUCUGUGCUCAAGUCGCAUACAUGGCGUGUUGAUACAACUGUGUGUGUGUGCAUGUGGGUGCAUGAUUUUUGCACGUGCAAUCAUGCAUGCACAUGCACACGCUCACACACACAUAUGGUGUGCAUUUGUACAGAGAGACCGCUGCAGUUUCUCCAAGGUACUGAAUCUCUUCCAAAAAAGACAGAAGCUGCUUUCAUUAUGUAUACCCAAAGCAAAUAAAGCCACCUAGUGUCAUUUAAGAGAGGAAGAGAUUGUUGAAUUAUGCUAAUUGGUAUGUUUCAAGACUGUUGAUGCUGGACCAAUUCUUUCCCUCUUGUUUUAUGCCUGUCUUGAGUGUCUCUUCCUGCUAGGACAUGCCUUGUCUUUUAUGCUUAGGUUUGGAUCAGAAGUUAAUUCCCCAUUUUGUGUUUCCUUCAUGAUUUUGUAAUAGGAACUCUGAAUGUAUUUAUAGCUAUUUAUUUCUAGAUUGUCACUAUCUUGGAAUCAAAUCAGAACUGUUUAUUGGCAGUAAGGAUCAUUUCCCCCUCUAUUGAGUGAAAAAUACAAACACAACUUUUAUCUGUCUGCUGCAAAAGGAUCUGUCUUAUUGGAGUUUUCUACAUUGGAAAAUCAAGUGUUUCUUCAUUAUAAUUGGCAAAAUAAGAAAAUGCUUAUAAGUCAUAAGUAUCAGGAGUAAAGGCAUUACUGAAACCUUGUCAGUUCUGUCCUUAAGCAUAAAUUACCAUAAAAGCAAAGCGCCCAAAAAGAGCCAAAGCGGCUGCUUUCUGGAAAGGUUGCCUUUUCCAACAGUUUCGUUCGGAAGCUAUGCAGAAGUUCAGGAGUUUUGCACCAAGCACAUGAUCACAUAAAGCUGGCACUCCAUAGAAAUUUCUUAAAGCUGUUUUCAGUUGAGGAAGGUGAAUUGUAUCUUGGAUAUAACUAUCACAGUGCUUAGUAGCUCAGCAGCAAAUAUUCCAGGACCCCAAGCAAGCUUAGAGUUUGGGUUUGGCUUUCUGUUUGAGAACUAAUGGACUUUUGUUUGUUUGGUCGAAAGGCGCUGAGGUCUGAUGAGCUCACCCUCUUUUUGAAUGAGGCAAGCAUGCCACUGGCUUGUGCGGGGGGAGGCACUUAAAGUGCAAUAGAAGCUUGCUGCAUUUUCAUCUGGAGCCUGACCUUUCCAGAAUUAUGGUGCUUCUUCAUCACCCCACCAGAUGAUUAGCUUUGUAAAUAUAUAAAUACUGUUUUUAAGAGACUUGCUCCUCUAGGCUUGUUGCUCAUAAAAUAAUCCAAGGGCUGGCUUUUCCCAUGCAAGAGUCUGCUCCCACCAAUACAAAGGAGAGCCCCAAUACCUGCCCCAAACAGCAAGUUACACAAUGCAUCAGUUGUGUGGGUUUGGUUGGGGGGGGGCGGUUCAUAAUAAACAAAGAGGGGGAACUUUGUAGCGAAUGUAAAACUUAGUUUACUUCUGCAGUUUCUAAACUGUAUUAAGAAAAUUUAAAUAAAUUUGCUCAGAAAAUA